AUGGCCCAGGGAGAGCAGUUAGGCGACGCUCUUCUUGUAGAGGAAGAAACUUCAAGGGCCGUUUUGUCUACUUCUCCCAAGAAGCGAGGAAAGAGCAGCGCCUCCUACAAAGCGACGAAGCUGCCUUAUUCGUUGUCUCAGCUGAUCCUUCAGGCUGUCGAGAGCUGCGCCGGCCGCAAAGGGCUUUCUUUGCCCGCCCUCAAGAAGCAGCUCACCGAAGCGGGUUACAACCUGCGCAGAAACAGCCGCCGCCUCAAAAGAGAAUUGAACACCUUGGUCUCCCAUGGCUUGUUGACCCGCGUCGCUGGCACCACCGGGGCUUCGGAGUCCUUCAAGGCGAAAAAGGCGGGCAAAUCCGAGCCGGGAAAAAAGACAAAGGCCGCAGCAGCAGCCAAGAAGUCGCCCAAGGUGAACAGGGAGCCGCCAAAGAAGAAGGCCCAGAAGAAGCAGGCGCCGGCUAACAAACCGAGAAAUCUGCACAGGAGAAGCACAGCCAAUUCUGGGAAAAAGAAUCCGCUCAACAGCCACCCCGCAGGAUCAAAUAGGAGCGCUCCAGUAAAGCGAACGAGAAGAAAGUAA